AUGGCUCCUUCCCGAGUGUUUAUGGAUAAUGAUGUAGAAGAAGCCCGGUACUACCUCAGUUGGUUGAACACCCACUUAGAUGUGGCUAACAGAGUUAACGCAGAGGUUGUCACCAAGCUGGAGACAGCCACUGUCGGGGAACUAUUCUCCUAUAUGAAGCGGCCAUCCGCUACGUGCAUUGCCACUAUUGAUGAUGUUGUUAAUGGGUUUGCGUGGUAUUAUAUAGGGUGCGGUGUGUGCCAUACGAAGGCAACAAAGGGCCCUACAACGCUAAUGUGUAUCAAAUGUGGGAAGAGUGAUAUUGUUGGUGUCCCCCAGUACCUGGCCAAGAUUUCUGUUUAUGACAACAAUGACCAAGCUGUGUUUGUUCUACUCGGUGAUGCUGGUGAAGAGUUGACUGGUAAGAAAGCGUCUGAGUUGGUAGAGAACUAUUAUGAGUGUAGGAACGUCCCUGUGCCGCAGGCUCUGCUUAAUACCAUUGGAGAGACUCGGAAGUUCCGUGUGAAGGUAUCAAGUCACAACUUCACCGGGAAGGUCCAGUCUUUAACUGUGAUCAAGGUGCUUCCUCUUGAAACCCCAGUACCGGACACCAGUGUAGGUGAAAACGUGGACCAGGAAACAAGUCAUGACAAGGAGGACCCUGCAGAUGAGUUGGUGAAAAUGAGCUCUGAUGGGAUUGUCUCAAGAGAUGGCAAGCGUGCCAAGUGUGGCUAA